GAUGCAGAGCGCAGUAUCAAAACAACAUUCCUCGUUGACGAUCGUCGAUCGGCAUCACACACGGCUCGACAAUGACCAGUCUCUGUAGCCUCUGGAGCUGGAAUCUCAAACAAUUUGCUCUCCUCGGCCUCUGCCUGCUGCUGCUGCUCAGCGAUCUUGGCCGUGUGGCUGCUCAAAGAAGCACGGGCGGCAGAAAUGUUUUGCGUCGCAACUAUACGGGCAAGAAGCCCGUGGUCAUUCAGCACCUCUCCCAGGAUGCAGUCAGCUACUACGAUCAUGAGAAUGGUGCCAAGAUAAUCAAGUCCUCGCAUUUUGAGUUGGACUAUACGCUGGGACGCAAGAUCACCUUUUUCUGCAUGGCACAAGGUAACCCAAGGCCCACCAUCACCUGGUUCAAGGAUGGCGCUGAACUCUAUCAGCAUCGCUUCUUUCAGGUGCACGAGUCCCAUAUAGAGACGGAUAUUAUCAAGAGCAAAAUGGAAAUAGAUCCCACGACACAAAUGGAUGCGGGCUACUACGAAUGCCAAGCGGACAAUAUCUAUGCCAUCGAUCGUCGUGGCUUUCGCACGGACUAUGUAAUGGUUAACUUUUAGCGCAGUAAAAUCAAACCUAAACUUUGGAUCACUUGGAUGUAAAGCUAAAGUUAAUAAUAA